AUAACCGGUGCGUAACCUCCCGCGUUUGCCAGCGAUUUGAAAUUUCUAGCAUCCUCCAAUAAAGUAUAAAUCGUGGCCGGUGUCGAUUUUCUUCCUUCAAAUGCCCGCAAUGAACAGAAUAAUCGAGAAAUUAAGGGAUUUCGACGCCUAUUACAAACCUAUAGAUGACCAGCAUUUCCACGAGAAGACUUUUAUAGGGGGAACAGUUUCUAUAUUAUGCUGGGUUAGUAUUUUUCUACUGUCAGGCAUGCGGUUGCAUGAACAUUGUACAGGAAAGCAAACAGUCGAAUCAAUAUAUGUCGAUUCAUCUAGGAACCCAAAGUUGCAAAUAAAUUUUGACUUUAUCAUUCCCCGGAUAUCGUGUCCAUAUAUAUCGCUUGAUGCCAUGGAUGCCUCAGGAGAACAGCAUUUACACAUUGAUCACAACAUUUAUAAGCGUAGAUUAGAUUUAGAUGGAACACCGAUUCAAGAGCCCAAGAAAGAAGAAUUGGCGAAGAAAGAAGUAAUCAAAGGUACAACUACGACAACACCUGUAUCAGUAGAAGUGACUACACCAAAGUGUGGGAGUUGUUACGGAGCAGAAGAUGCAAACAAUCAUGAAAAAAUGAACAUAACGUGUUGUAAUAAAUGUGAAGAUGUAAGGGAAGCUUAUGCAAAGCGAAGAUGGCAUUUUUCCGAGACAAAAGUUGAACAGUGCAAAUCAUCUGCUUCUGUCGAAAAAAUAGAGAAUGCAUUCAAAGAAGGCUGCCAGAUAUACGGCACCAUGAGCGUUAACAGAGUAGCUGGGAGCUUCCAUGUGGCCCCUGGGCAAACCUUUGCAGUAAAACAUAUUCAUGUUCAUGACAUUCAACCUUUCUCAUCCUCUCAAUUUAACACAAGCCAUGUGAUAAAUCGCCUUUCAUUUGGUGAUGAUGACAAAGGUAAAACUCAUGAGAACCCAUUAGAUGGUACACAGUCAAUCACAAAAGAAGGCCAGAGUGGUCUGAAACACAUAUUGAAUGCAUGGGAAAAGUGGUACUGGCCAGAAUGCAAUCCCAGACAGCUUGUUCUGGCAGUCCCAGAAACCUUCAUGGCAUGAGGGUGACGGUUCACUUGGAGCUACUUGUGUUUUACAUGUUAAGCAUUUUUACUUUACAAAAAACAGAAUUUAUUUUUAUCAAAAGUUGUCCGAUUAUACCUAAGGUUUGCCAUUCUUGCUGUUUUGAUCAGACAUAACUGUGUUCUGUUUCUGAGUGUUGUAAGCAUCAGAAACUUGUUCUGCACAACCUGUAGCCUGGCGACAUUAGUCCGCAUGUUGGGGACGCAGGGGAGGGGUCCGCAUACAGGAGCAUCUCGACCUGACCCCUACCUCGUACAGAAGAAGCUUAUUGGCAGAUUGGCAGACGAUAGGGUAGACUGGCAAAAAAAGUAUGCAUAUAGCCGCUUUGCCCUUGUUCACUUAAUUACUGACAUGGGAAGUGAAAAUGCGUUACGGUCCAAAGUCACCCAAAGAUAUUUGACUGUAUCAGACUUCAGACCACAAAGUUAUACCUUCAAAUUGAAUCUUUUUUAUAAAGCAACGAUCUAUGCUUGCUGAAAACUAUUGCCUCAUUUUUUUAUGAUUAAGUUUAGUGUUACAACGGUUGCAGAAACUUAGUAUUCAGCGCAUUUGUCUAAUCUGUUCAAUAUUGUCUUUCCUCCAAGAGGAUAGAGAGGGAUAUCGUGUGCGCAGAGAGCCGUUUUUACAUUCUUGAGGCAAGGUACUUAAUAAUCCUAAAAUGCAAUGCUGAUUAAGGACCUUUAUCCUUUGUAGCUGUAUUUAUUGGAAACAUCCUAAUAACAUAAAUGAGCCUAAGAGUUGAUAAAGAACUAAACUUCAUUGUGCUGAUCUGAAAUUCCACUUCAGUCAUUUUUCCUUUAUAGAAAAGAGAAUAAUGCUUUCAGAAAUUUAUAAAAUAUAUUUUAUGAGUAGGUUUUUCUCUCUAGGUUUAUCUGUUGCAAGAAAAAACGUCCAUCUGUUUUAAUUAUUAUUUUUUUCUUU